AUGUCUUUUCGCAAGCGCAACAUUGGUGUUCAGAGAUCUUCGGUCGCAUCUUCUUCACCAGAUGCCUCGGCAGAGACAAAUGCAGCACCAGCACUCACAGCUUCUGGCAUCCGACCAUCGCCUUUGACAGGACAGCCGACGACGUCUACAGGAGCAUACUCAUUGGACAGUCUGCUAGGAGGCCAUGCAGGGCUGGCGCUAGGCUCAUCGCUACUGGUUGAAGAGAGUGGGACUACAGACUUUGCUGGCGCUCUGCUGCGAUACUAUGCUGCCGAGGGCAUCAUUCAAAGUCAUACUGUGCAUCUCGUAGGUGCUGGCGAGCAGUGGAUCAAGGACCUGCCAGGCUUGGUAGGGGAUGCUGAAGCUGCUGAAGCUCAGAAGCAAGCAAAGAGUGACGAGAAGAAAAUGAAGAUUGCAUGGAGAUAUGAGAGGCUGGGUCAAGUAGAUGCCGAUCGAGGCAGUAGAGGUGAACCACUAUACAUAGACACUAUAGGACAAAGUUAUCUGACUGCUUCGCANGUCGUCCCUCAACGUGGUCCCACUCCCAUCCAGACAUCUGACCAGCAAGACGAACAACAGUCGCUAGCCUUCUGCCACACCUUUGAUCUUGCAAAGCGUCUUGCUGUACCGGCCGAGGCAGACAUCAACCACAUCGCCAUCUCUCCUCAAUCUCCCUUGUCCGCUAUUCUGCAGAACGUCGCCCAACGCCUAAGCACUUCUAAGCCUCACACGAUACAUCGCCUAGUCAUACCUUCUCUCCUGUCGCCCGCUCUAUAUCCACCCUCGGCUGGUGCACCAGAGAAUUUGCUUCAGUUCCUGCAUUCUCUUCGUUCCCUGCUUCGACAAUAUCCCAGCCGCCUCACUGCCAUGAUCACACUUCCGUUAGAGCUGUAUGAUCGCUCGACCGCCCUCGUCCGCUGGGCCGAAACUCUCUCAGACGGCGUGCUUGAACUUACUCCUUUCCCACAUCUGAUGGACGCUGCGAAAAGCUUGGCCGAGAGUGGUGGUGCAAGAGCAACAGACGAGCAGCCUCAGGGAAUGCUGAAGCUGCACAAGCUACCAGUGACAACAGAGCGUGGUGGAGGAGGUGCAGCUGCUGGUGUUGGCGACGAUUUGGCAUUCACGGUCAGCAGACGACGUUUCGUCAUCAAGCCUUUCAGUUUGCCGCCAGCAGAAGGAGAUACCGAGGCUCAGCAAGGUAAUGCUGAGGGAGGUGCUCUAGGCAAGGCCACAAAAGUCGAUAUAGAGUUUUAG